UCAAUUUUUCUUAUUACUACAUACAGUUUUUUUUCGCACACAACAGAAAAAUAUUAAAUUUUAAGAUUGUGUACCGUCUGUACACCCGAGAACGGAUCCGUUUUCAGUGCAGUGUAUUUAAAAUCAUUAUAUUGUUGAUUUUGUAGUUUAUGAAAAUGGAAAAGAGAAAUGAAAGGAAGCAUGAAUUGCCUUGUAAAGCAAUGCUAAAUUUUCUAUUGCGAUCCGAAUUAGAGGCCGAGUCCUCGCUGAAUCCCUUAGCAUCGGAGUUUGUGCCUUCGUAUCUGAAGCCCGAAAUACCGAACUUGAACUUGAAUUCGAAUCAAAAGAUGAAAUCCGAAGCAACAUCGACGACAUCAUUAGGUCAUAGUGAGAUUGUGGGCGAUGCUUCAUAUUUGCAUGCUCAGCGACAGCUUUUUGAAUUGUUGCAUCAGUUGGGCAACAAAAUGAUGCCACUGCAAGCAAUCAAUGUGAGCCUUACACCCGAUGGUCAUGGCAUCAAUAUGCAGUUCCUUGGAGAAAGGGAAACUUUGUCCAAACAGAUGUUGAACGAGAAGUUAUGCCAGAAUGCAUCACUUCACUUGGAAAUGGACGAACGUUCCUGUAUGCCACGCCGAUUGCCCAAUGUGCUGGCUGCCAAUUUCAUGGCUCGCAUGGGAGAUGUGCUCAACGAUAAGAUGGCCUGGAGUGAUCAGGCUGACGAUACCAAUAGCUCAUCCACCACAACCACCAUUAACUCGAUCAAUUCUGAUGCUACUAAGCCAGAGAAUCUGCAAGGCAACCUUAUAAAAUCUUUUGCUAUUCCGAUUUCGCAAGCGACUGACAUUUGCAAGUGCGACAAAUUAAACGCCAGCCCAAGUGGCAGCUACGUAGUGUCCAAGAAGCAAUUGGAGCCAACUACAGGCAGUGCAGCUGAACUCAAGCGGUCUAAACCAAGCCUUAUAUCCAAGGCUCCCUCUCCAAGUGGACUAAAGCUUAACAGAUCGGAGAUACGCCAGAGACCAGGCAUCGCCAAGCUGGAUUUGCAACACGAGAAAAAGUCAAUUAAAGGUACACCAACCCCUCGAAAGAGUAUGGGUCAGCCCAUCAAGAAGAGUCCUCAGAAGUUGCCUCCACGUGGCACUUACACAUCCCAAAUUCGUCAAACUGAGGCACAGAAAUUUUGCUUGCAGCGUUUGGGUCUUUUGAAAGUUGACAAGUAGCCAAUCAUACAUGUUGUUUAUAGGGACACACUUGAGGAAAUAUAUGCGAUUUAUGCAUACUUAUGGGAACAAUAGUGUACAGGUAGGAAACUAUUGUAACACGAAGGACGGGCAUUUUUCUAGAGUUUUACACACGUGGAAAUUUUCAUUGUUUUUAAGUAUGCAAAGUUCGUUAGCGCUGGUUGAAUAUGAUUCCAAAAUGUCAAAGAGUUCUUGGGAGAGAAGAGAAGCUGGCUUUAAUAA